GCGAAACUAGGCGCCAUGUUGUGGCAGCAGAACUACUCAUUCAAGUCUCGACGUUUUAGUGCCAUCGAGUUACCAUAAUGGCGAGCAUCCUAUCGACACGAAACUACUCGUUCUAGUCUCAGACACGUUAUAUCGCGUCGUUAACAUCAUGGCUAGCAUCCGACUAAUCCAGCCGCGUCACGUCGGAGUGCCGUUCACUCCCUGUGAGCGGAGCCCGUCACGCGAAGGUAGCCGUUCAUUAGCAUGGAAUAGCAGCGAGUGCUGGCGAGCGUCGACUCUUCGUCCAUGCAUCAGCUUCCUCUCCCAUUCGCGCGUCACACACACGGUCCGCAGCCGCCGGUGUCAUAUAGCGUGCGCUUCCGCCACCCCAUGGCGCACGAGAGGCAUUUUCCCAAACCCCUUCGACCGCCACCCUCCCCUAUUCCCCCUCACUCCAAUCCCCGCUCUCGCCGCGCUUAUCGCUCCCACUCGUCCACGUGUCGCCUGUUCAGCGCACAUCGCUGCGACAGCGCCGCGUCGCCUUCGCGUUUUCGCAACGGCCUCGUCGCCUUCCGUGAGGGGGUCGCCUUCUGUGGCGCCUCAUAUGUCGUCUUCUGUGAGCGGGGCGAAGAGCGCGACGACGGCGACGACGUUGACGACGGACGGUAAAGGCGGGCUCAAGGUGGGUGGCGAGGAGUCAUCGGAGGGCCUUCAGCAGCCUGGAGAGGUGGUGGGCGCCACGUCAUCAUCAUCUGAGCUGGCCGGCGAGGUGGUGGACGCCACGUCAGCGCAGAGAGGCCACCUGGACGUGUCGCGACACAACCUGCCGCUCUGCCGCAUUGUCAACCAGGCAGCAGUGAAAGAGGCACUCCUGGCAGCAGCGGUGGACCCCGAGCUGGGAGGCGUGGCGCUGGUGGGCGGGCACGGCACGGGCAAGACGGUCAUGGCGCGCAGCCUGCAGCAGCUGCUGCCGCCCAUUGCUGUCGUCACGGGCAGCUGGGCCAACGCGGACCCCACGAGACCCGAGGAGUGGGAGGACGGUUUGAGGGAGAGCGUCAAGGAGCAGGGCUUUGACAUACGCCGCCCACCCAUCACCCUCUGCAAUCCGCCCUUCGUUCAGGUGCCUCUGGGAGUGACGGAGGACCGUCUGCUGGGGUCGGUGGACGUGGAGGCGUCCAUCGAUGAGGGCAGGAGCGUCUUCCUGCCGGGCCUGCUCGCACAGUGCCACAGGGGCGUGCUGUACAUAGACGACGCCAACCUGCUGGACGACACCAUGGUGGUGCUGAGGGGUGCUGAGGCGGCAGCUACUAGGCUGGAUUGCGCUAAUUGUGAGGCGUGGGGGGGCGCCUGGGGUGUUGAACGGAAGGCGAGCAUUAAGGGCUCCCUGCUCUGCGCCUGCUGCCCGCUGCUGCUGGCGUCGAUCAAUGCGGACACGGAUGCGCCUCUCUCAUUGGAGCAGCGGGUGGCAGCAGCUGACGUGGCGAACACGUAUCUGGACGGCAGACGUGCGACAGGGGGAGGGGAUAAGGGGCAUGUGAGAGGAAAGGGGGGCAUGAGAUUGGAGGACGAGAAAGAGGAAGAGCGAGUGGAGCGAGAGGAGGAGGGGAGUGUGGAGAAGGGGGCGGACGAGGAGCGAGAGGAGGACGGGGUGGAGGCGGAUCGUUUGCGAGUGCUGUUUGCCCGCCAGCUGCUGCCACGUGUCACCAUCUCACAGGCCCAGAUAGCCUUCCUGGUGGACGCCGCUGUGCAGCUGGAAUGCGAGGGCCAGAGAGCGGAGCUGUUUGCAGUGCGAGCAGCCAAGGCCCUGGCAGCCCUCAACGGGCGGUCGCAGGUCACCCAGGCGGAUCUCUCCCGUGCUGCCCAGCUGGCAGUGGUGCCACGUGCCACAGUGUCAUUGGACAGCGAGCCUGCAAGCAGCACCCCCCAGUCGUCUCGGCCAGUGCCCCCUCCGCCCAGCCGGCGGAAGGAGGAGAGCAACGAGGAGCAGCAGGAGGAGCAGGAGGGCGAGCCCCCUGCAGCAGACGAGGACCAGCUGGUGCCAGCCGGGGCUGCCCGGACCGCGGGCGGGGCAGGGCGGUCAAAGAACAAGAUAUUUUCAGAGGAGCGCGGGCGAUAUGUGAAGGCUCUGCUGCCCAAGGGCAAGGUGGUGCGUCUGGCAGUGGACGCCACGCUGAGGGCGGCAGCGCCGCUGCAGCGACUGAGGCGGGAACGAGCGCAGAGGGCGGGCGGCAGGGAGAGGCGCAUCUACGUCACCAAGAGCGACCUCCGGAGGAAACUGCUGGCGCGCCGAGCUUCAUCCCUGGUCAUCUUCAUAGUGGACGCGAGUGGCAGCAUGGCACUGAACCGCAUGGGGGCGGCCAAGGGGGCAGCGCUGCAGCUGCUGGCGGAGAGCUACAGCAAGCGCGACAGCGUGGCUGUGGUGCCCUUCCACGACCUCCACGCUGACUUACUAGUGCCACCUUCUCGUGCCGUGGCUCUUGCUCACAAGCG